CCAUGCAAGGAUAGGGAGGGGAAGUUGGAGUCACUGCUUUGCCUGUCAUUGGGAUCCAUUGGGUCUUGGAGUGAGCCUGCUGGGGGACGCCAUGGCAUCACCAAGACCAGUGUGGGGCUGACCAUCCAUGGUUGUGGGCUGAGGACAUCAUUGCCAGCAUAUGUGAAGCAAGAAGGUCAUAGGGACCACAUGUAUGAGAUGCUGCCCUUACAUUCCACCUCUACUGGGAAGCUUUCCAAAGUUGCACAGGCGAGGGGAUCGGGAUGAUCUCCCUGUUGAUGAGCCAUUAAGGCCUGCUUAAUGAUGCCCAUUCCAUGUCCUUCAUCAAUGCUGCCCUCAUCUCUUUCACUCAUGCUGCUGAGUCUAGG